AUGACAGUGGUGUCCCAGGAGAACCACGACGAGACUGUGGUCGUUACUCCUUUGUUGCAAGAUGCUGCUGACCUGGAGCCAGCGGACCAGGAGUGCAGCGAACGGGUGGUCAUCAACAUCUCAGGGCUGCGGUUUGAGACGCAGUUAAAGACCCUUGCCCGGUUCCCGACCACUCUUUUGGGGGAUCCGCGUAAAAGGAUUCGUUUCUUUGACCCGCUGAGAAAUGAAUACUUCUUUGACAGAAACAGGCCGAGCUUUGACGCCGUCCUCUAUUAUUACCAGUCAGGGGGGCGGCUACGGAGGCCUGUGAGUGUCCCUGUUGAUAUUUUCCUGGAGGAAAUCAAGUUUUACGAACUUGACGAAGAGAUCAUAGAAAUUUACCGAGAGGAUGAGGGUCUUACGACGGAGGAGGAACGGCCGUUGCCCGAUAACGAGUUUCAGCGCCAGUUUUGGCUCCUGUUCGAGUAUCCGGAGAGUUCAGGACCUGCACGGAUAAUUGCCAUUGUGUCAGUUAUGGUUAUUUUGAUUUCCAUUAUUAUAUUCUGCUUGGAGACUCUACCUGAGUUUCGAGAAGUCCAAGUAGAGCCGGACACUCCCGCCAAUGGGAGCGCGAACGGUGACGCGCCCAGUCCUUUCACUGACCCGUUUUUUGUGGUGGAGACACUUUGCAUCGUGUGGUUCUCCUUUGAAUUUACCAUGAGGUUUCUCUCCUGCCCCAGCAAAGCAGCUUUCUUUAAAAACAUCAUGAAUCUGAUCGAUGUUGUGGCUAUAGCUCCAUAUUUUAUCACUCUGGGCCUUGAUCUGGCAGAGCAUCAAGGCAGCAGUCAGCAGGCGGCGUCUUUGGCCAUCCUGAGGGUCAUCCGUCUGGUCCGAGUUUUCAGGAUUUUUAAACUUUCCAGACACUCCAAGGGUCUCCAGAUUCUCGGCCAGACUCUUCACGCCAGCCUACGGGAGCUGGGGUUGCUCAUAUUCUUCCUGAUUAUUGGAGUUGUUUUAUUCUCGAGUUCUGUUUACUUCGCGGAAGCAGAAGACCCUGAUUCUGAAUUUUCAAGUAUUCCUGGUGCGUUUUGGUGGGCAGUGGUGACAAUGACCACUGUUGGAUAUGGCGACAUGUGUCCCUCCACCAUAGGGGGCAAAUUUGUGGGAUCUCUGUGCGCCAUCGCCGGAGUGCUCACCAUAGCUCUACCUGUCCCUGUUAUUGUAUCCAAUUUCAACUAUUUCUACCACAGAGAGAACGAGGAGGAGGAAAAUGUCCAUUACGUGCACGUGACAUGCGGGCAGCCACAGGAGCAAGUGCAGCAGCAACUCCAGCUCACCUUUGGGGAAAGUGAUUCAACCAAAAGUAGCCAGUCGCUCUCCAAAACUGAAUCCUAUCAGGGAAGCGACGAUUUGGAAACGUUGACAUACACAAACAUAAACCCACAGGAGACGUACACAGGGAAACUGACUGAUGUCUGA